AUGGUCAACGCUGAACAACAGUCACAGCAAGUCUAUGGAUCAUCACAAGCCGACAAUUCAUGGUACUACAGCACUGGUCAUGAACAGAUCAAUCAUACCUCAAGUAGCCAGAGUACCCAGCACUCUCAAAAUUUCAACAGAUCAUCUCAACUAUCGACUCUCCUUUUCGCUCCACUAUAUCCGCGGACUGUACCUUCUACAUCGUCUCCUAACAACGAAAACACUCGUCAGGUCACCACACCCCUGGAAGACAUGUACCAGCCUCGCUGGAUCCGCAAAGAAGGCAAAGACCGCGAAGGCUGGUGCAGCUACUGUGUAGAGGGCAAGUGGCUGAACCUCAAACACUCCAACUACGCCUAUCACAUGUUGACUCGGCAUGGCCUCUGCAAAGCCGUAGGCUGGCAAUUCGAACCGCCCCAGACCCUGCACAUCAGCCAACUCAACCAUACGGGGAACGGGGGAAGUGGGAGUGGUAAUACAGGUAAUAGCAACAACGGUGAACAAGAUGUCCUCCACGCGUAUUGCCAAAAUUGUCAGAGAUGGAUCCAGCUUGUUGGCAACCCGACCGUUGCGGUCGAACAUCCAAGACUCACUGCGAGCUGGUAUAGCCAUGCUAAGGAAUGUGGUGUUGGUGUGAAGAUCAUGGAUGAAUUGAUACGUUGGGGAAUUGAUGAUUCAGGAAAUCAAUUGGUCAUAACGUUUUUGUAG